UGAAGUAUAUUUUACUUCAAAAACCGUAGAACAAGUUGCACUUUGCGCAGAAUAUAAAAUUUCAAUUAUUUUUGGAUAAUUCAACCAUUUGGAGUCCAAUUAUUUGUAUUAAGUGUAGGUAGUUAAAAAAAUUUCCGUUUGUAAAGUUCUAAAACCAGGUUGUUGCAUUUCUUAACUUUAAAGAUAGUUUGCAUCGUCUGAAAAAAAAUGGCACAAGAAACGGAAAAUAUUUUUUUAUUCAUUCCUAAUUUAAUUGGAUAUGGAAGAAUUGUUCUGGCUAUCAUCGCCUUUUGGUUUAUGUCGACUAACUAUGUUGUUGCUGGAUGGUGUUAUGUAAUUAGUGCUCUGCUGGACAGCAUUGAUGGACAUGCCGCAAGAACAUUUGACCAAAGUACCCGAUUUGGAGCUAUGCUUGAUCAAUUGACAGACCGCUGCGGAACAAUGGGGCUUUUGGUUACACUUAGCUAUUUUUAUCCAGAAUACUUGUUCUACUUCCAACUUUCAAUAGCAAUUGAUGUUGCCUGCCAUUGGUUAUACAUGCAAACGAGCGUCACAGUUGGGAAAUCAUCUCACAAGGCUUUUGAUGUCAACGAAAACUUCCUUUUGAGACUCUAUUACCAAAAGGAUAUAUUGACUUUUAUGUGCUGUGUUAAUGAGUUAUUCUAUGUCUGCCUUUAUAUGCUUCACUUUACCACAGGACCAAUAAUAUUUGGCUGUUCACUUUUCAAAGUCUUGGCAUUUGUUUCUGCGCCUUUCGCGAUUUUGAAAUCUCUUAUAUCCUGCCUUCAUGCUUAUGUAGCAAGCAUUGAUUUGGCAGCUUUUGAUGUUCUCGAGCGCGAGGAAAAACGUCAGAAAAAGGACCUUUCAAAAAAAGCUGAAUAAAUAAAGCGGCCAACACAAGAAUUCCAACUAGAUGAUAUUUUUCCUUUAUAAUUCUAAAAUUAUUAAUAUUGGCUUAAUGUUAAAAAAUAUUUAAUUUAAAAAUUGGAAUAAGAUAAAAUCUGAUGAUUUCCUUACUUAUAUUUAUUUGUAGAAAAACAUAUACAUAUAUAUAUAAAUUUUUUUCAAUUUGUUACUAAUGAAAAAGUUUUUAAAAAAAUCAA